AUGACUUCAUCAAAGAUUCCAUUUUUUCUUGUUGCUCUUUGCACGUUAGGAGGGAGCCAGAUCCCACUAUCUAAGGGGAUGGAGGUCAAAGGGCUUGGCAAGUAUUUAGCAGAUAAUCGUGUACCGCCGCAUAGGACAGACACAAGAAACUUGAAUUCUGGAUUGAGGAAGAACAUACCAGUUCCAGGACUUCGCGGGCACGACAAUUUGGUAGUAAGGAACCAGGAGGGUAGCAAUGCGGAACUGAUUCCAGAAAAUCAAGAUGUCAUUUCUAGGUCUAAAAACAAGGAAAUCGACCACCGGAUCAACGCGCUCAAGCUGGAUCAUGCAUUGCGAGCUGUCGCCGUUCAUCUAGAUGAAUUGCGUAAUUAUAUCGAGCCAAUUGAAGAGACCGUAGGCGCUGAGAUCACAGAACCUGAGAAUGUUGCAGAGUCUCCCUUGAAAUUCAUUCCACUCUCUCGGAAACCUUGAACCAGAGGUCAAGUAAAAGAAUGAUCAAAAAUAGUGUGGUUCCAAUUUGGAAACAUCUCCAAGCGGAG